CUUCCCCCACGGCCCUCUCCCCGGGAUAAUAUGGUCUCCGGCGAUGGACGCCCCAAGUGGAGGAUGCGCCUUUGAGUACCUUAUUGAAACAUUAAAUGACAGUUCACAUAAGUUCUUCAAUAUACCUAAACUUGGAGGCACCAAGUAUGAUGCUCUGCCUUAUUCAAUACGGGUCCUGUUGGAAGCUGCUGUACGGAAUUGUGAUGGUUUUUUAAUGAAAAAGGAAGAUGUUAUGAACAUUUUAGACUGGAAAACCAAACAAAGCAAUGUCGAAGUGCCCUUUUUUCCUGCCCGUGUUCUUCUUCAAGAUUUUACUGGAAUACCAGCAAUGGUGGAUUUUGCUGCUAUGAGGGAGGCAGUGAAAACCCUUGGAGGUGAUCCUCAGAAAGUCCAUCCCGCCUGUCCAACAGAUCUCACAGUUGACCAUUCUUUACAAAUUGACUUCAGUAAAUGUGCAAUACAGAAUGCUCCAAAUCCUGGAGGUGGUGACCUACAGAAAGCAGGAAAACUCUCUCCACUUAAAGUGCAGCCUAAGAAGCUUCCCUGCAGAGGCCAGACUACCUGCCGAGGAUCAUGUGAUUCUGGAGAACUGGGCCGAAACUCAGGAAAAUUUUCCUCACAGAUUGAGAACACACCCAUUCUGUGUCCUUUUCAUUUGCAACCAGUGCCUGAACCUGAAACAGCGUUAAAAAAUCAAGAAGUAGAAUUUGGCAGAAAUCGAGAAAGGCUUCAAUUUUUCAAGUGGAGUUCAAGAGUUUUUAAGAAUGUGGCUGUAAUCCCUCCUGGAACUGGAAUGGCACAUCAAGUAAACUUAGAAUAUUUGUCAAGAGUGGUUUUUGAAGAAAAGGACUUCCUCUUUCCCGACAGCGUAGUGGGCACAGAUUCUCAUAUAACCAUGGUGAAUGGUUUGGGGAUUCUGGGAUGGGGAGUUGGAGGCAUUGAAACUGAAGCAGUUAUGCUUGGUCUGCCCAUUUCUCUUAGUUUACCAGAGGUGGUUGGAUGUGAGUUAACUGGGUCAUCAAAUCCUUUUGUUACAUCCAUAGACAUUGUUCUUGGCAUUACAAAGCACCUCAGGCAAGCAGGAGUGGCUGGAAAGUUUGUUGAGUUUUUUGGAAAUGGAGUUUCACAAUUAUCUGUAGUUGAUCGAACUACAAUAGCAAACAUGUGUCCAGAAUAUGGUGCUAUCCUCAGCUUUUUCCCUGUUGACAAUGUGACAUUAAAACAUUUAGAAUAUACAGGUUUUGACAAAGCCAAACUAGAGUCAAUGGAAACUUACCUUAAAGCUGUGAAAUUGUUUCAAAAUGAUGAGAAUUCUUCAAGAGAACCUGAAUAUUCCCAGGUAAUUCAGAUUAAUCUGAAUUCAAUAGUUGCAUCUGUCAGUGGUCCAAAAAGACCUCAGGAUAGAGUUGCUAUAACAGAUAUGAAAAGUGAUUUCCAAGCUUGCUUAAAUGAAAAGGUUGGAUUUAAAGGCUUCCAAAUUGCAGCUGAAAAACAAAAUGAUGUCAUCUCUAUUAAUUAUGAAGGAAGUGAAUAUAAGCUGUCUCAUGGGUCUGUGGUCAUUGCUGCAGUUAUCAGUUGUACCAAUAACUGUAAUCCAUCUGUCAUGCUUGCUGCAGGUCUUUUGGCUAAAAAGGCUGUUGAAGCUGGUCUGCAUGUUAAACCUUAUAUCAGAACAAGCUUAUCUCCGGGCAGUGGGAUGGUUACACAUUACCUCAGUUCAAGUGGAGUAUUACCGUAUCUUAGUAAGCUUGGAUUUGAAAUAGUUGGCUAUGGAUGUUCAACGUGUGUGGGAAAUACAGCACCCUUAUCAGAAGCAGUUUUAAAUGCGGUAAAACAGGGUGAUUUGGUUACUUGUGGAGUUUUAUCUGGAAACAAAAAUUUUGAAGGUCGUCUUUGUGACUGUGUUCGUGCCAAUUACCUUGCCUCUCCACCAUUAGUGGUAGCUUAUGCCAUAGCAGGCACAGUGGAUAUAGAUUUCCACACAGAACCGUUAGGUAUUGACCAUACUGGCAAAAAUAUUUACCUUCUUGAUAUUUGGCCUAGUCAAGAAGAAGUCCAUCAGGUGGAAGAAGAACAUGUGAUAUUAUCCAUGUUUAAAGCAUUGAAAGAGAAAAUCGAGAAGGGAAAUAAAUGGUGGAAUUCCUUAGAAGCACCAGAUUCAGUUUUGUUUCCGUGGGAUUUAAAGUCUACUUAUAUUAGAUGUCCUUCAUUUUUUGAUAAACUUACCAAAGAGCCAGUUGCACUUCAGCCUAUUGAAAAUGCCCAUGUCUUAUUAUAUUUGGGAGAUUCUGUCACGACAGAUCAUAUAUCACCUGCUGGAAGCAUCGCUAGGAGUAGUGCUGCUGCUAAGUAUUUGACAAACAGAGGCCUUACCCCUCGUGAAUUCAACUCUUACGGAGCCCGAAGAGGUAAUGAUGCUGUGAUGACAAGAGGCACUUUUGCAAAUAUCAAGCUUUUUAAUAAGUUUAUUGGAAAACCAGCCCCUAAAACAAUUCAUUUCCCAUCAGGACAGACGCUAGAUGUUUUUGAGGCUGCAGAACUGUACCAGAAAGAAGGUAUCCCACUGAUUAUUUUAGCAGGAAAGAAAUAUGGUUCAGGAAAUUCAAGAGACUGGGCUGCCAAAGGACCGUACUUGCUGGGUGUGAAAGCUGUUUUGGCUGAAAGUUAUGAAAAAAUUCACAAAGAUCAUUUGAUUGGAAUUGGCAUAGCUCCACUUCAGUUCCUUCCAGGAGAAAAUGCAGAUUCCUUGGGCCUCUCUGGCAGAGAAACAUAUUCUUUAACAUUUCCCGAAGAACUGUUUCCUGGAAUUACGUUAAAUAUAAAGACAAGCACUGGAAAAGUAUUCGGCGCAAUUGCUUCCUUUGAAAAUGACGUGGAAAUAACAUUAUACAAACAUGGAGGAUUAUUAAACUUUGUGGCACGAAAAUUCUCAUAGUAUCUACUUACCAUCAAGACCUUUCAUGACUUAAAAGGGCAAGGCUAUUUGUCCUUACAUGGAGUUGCAGCCAGUCCCAGUAUGCUCACCUAUCUCAUCCCUGGAUGUAAAUGAUUGCGAAUCAACGUAGUAAC